AGUUUAGAAUUAGAUACGUAUCGUAAUCAAUAUACGUCAUACGUUCGUGUAUCAUUAUAAACUGGACCAUAUUUUAUUAUUAUACGAUAUAAAAAAUAAUGUCAAAAUUAAUGGAAUGGCUUUUAUUUGCUACUUUAUUUUUUGGUAUAUGGAUUGCUGCAAUUUCUAAAAAUGUUAAUUUAUCUUUUAUCGCAGAGUGGAAACAAGUUGUUCUUUUCUUUCCACUCAUUGUUUUAUUUAUAUGUAGUUUAUAUGCAGCUAUUAUUAUUUUAUAUAGAGUUUUCACAUUUAACAAUUGUGAGCAUGCAGCUAUUGAAUUACAGGAACAAAUAGAAGAAGCUAAAAAAGAUCUUCAGAAUAAAGGUAUAGUUUUAAAAAGUAAAUGAAUUGAAAUUUUUAUAUUCAAAAUCAAUAUCUGAAUCAAAUAAUAUAAUAUAAUAUAUAAUUGUUCUAUUUAUCUUAUAUAAAGGUUAUAUUUAUGUAUAUUUUUUAUAAUGAAAAAAAUAUUUAAAUUACAUAAAUUAAAAAAUUGUAACAUAAGCAAGUGUUUUCUAUUUACAAGUAAUAUUGAAUUUAUACAUAUUUUCUUAUAUACUUAUUAACAUUAAAAAAUGCUAAAGAAAUGCUUUUUUGUUAAAUAAUAAUUGAAUAAUAAUAAUAUUUUUUUAUUUUUAUGUAAAUUUUAAUGUUGCUUUUAUUCAUUACAAGUAAAACUCAAUAAUAAAAAUCUGAUUUUGUUCAAUAAUAUUUUUAUUUGUAAUGUAUUAUUAUUUUUGGUACUUAAAAUAAUGAAAAUUAAAUUAAGAUGUAUAUGACAUAAGAUUUAUAUAUUUUAACUCUCUCUAGCAUGAAAAUCUUCGAUGAUAAUUUCUAAUUAUAUAAUAACAAACAUUUGAUCUAACAACAAAACAUCAAAACAUAUAGUUUAUUUAUGUAGAGCUAUGUUUGUACAUACAUAUGUAUGUAUAAUAAAAUCAAACUAUGAUCUAAUAUUCAAGACUUAACUUAUAACUAUAUACUUAUACAUUUAAAAACAGGGAAACUAAUAUAUUCAUUUGUGCCUAGACUCAUCAUUUUUAUUUAUUAAAUAUGUAAUUUUGCAAUAGUAUUUGUUUUACAUUGUGCUAUAUUUCUAAAAUUUUAAUAUCAGUACUAGUAUCUUAAAAAUUCGAACGAUUCCUAAUAAGUUACAUAUUACUAUGUUAAGGCUACAACAUAUUGAAUGCGUUUUUAUAAUAAUAAUAAUCUCAUUGCCUUCACUUUUAUAGAAAGUUAAUUACAAAUUUUCUUUAUAGAUUUAUAGUUCUUGUAAGUCACCUUGUAUUUAUCUAUUUAAGAUAUUCAUGUAUGAUUAUUUCUUAUUAACUAGUCAUAAGUUAUUUGAGUUUUUUUAGAUGAAAAAUGGAUAUCGAUAUCGAGGUCAAAACAAAUUUAAAACAAUAUACGUAUAUGUUACUUAACUUUUCAUUUUUUUUUUCAC